AUGGCGCAUACAAAGGGUAAGAGGGGCGACAGACCCGUCUCUCGAGAGGGAACGACAUCCGCUCGACCAUCUCGAUCUCCCAGCACAAAGCGCUCCAUCUCUAUGACCAGAUCUCCGGAUGUCGAUAAUGCUUCUUCGCUGUCCGAAGCCGAGUCGUCGGAUUCCGAACCUGCUAGACCCUCCAUAGGUCAGACGCUAGCAGAUCAGUUCAGGGCUCGAGCUUUGGCACAGUCGACCAAGGAAGGCGAUAGCGACGAUGACCUCAACUUGCCGCCCGCGCUUGACAUCGCAGGUAUUGCGGACGAUGAAGAUCUGCCGGAUCUCGACUUGGAAACGUUGACGGGUGCUAGGCCGAAAAGAUCCACGGCAAAGACGGACGCGUACAAGAUGCGCGCUCCGAAAUUCGCUCCUUCUCAAAGACGCCAGGAUGCUGCAAAGGCAAAGGAAUCAGCGGCUGUGAAAGCUGGAAUUACUUCUCCAGUGAAAGCAUCUACGGACAAGGAGCUGGCCAGGUUGUUUGCACAACGCAAGAAGAUGAAGCAGAUGGGCACGGACUUGGCGGGAAUGGAAGAGGCGGACCGCUUCAUGCUCACCUUUACGCAGCAGAUGGCAUCGAGAGGACAGACGGGUAGGGGUGACGAGGAUGACGAUGGACAGCAUCUAGAUGAGCAGAGCGACGCUAGCUCUUCGGGCAACGUCGCUUUUGGUGGUAGGGCAGCUCAGACAAACGUAGCUUACGACUCGCGAAAGCACAUCGCCCUUUCUGACUCGGAAGCGGAGAGUCCCGCGAACGAGGUCAAGAGGGUCGACAAUGCCAUUAGAUCACGAGGGAAAAGGAAGAAGCGAAAAGCAGAGCACGACUCCGAAAGCCCGGAGGCAAACGAGGCGGAAGAUGUUCUUGCCAUACUUCACAAGGACAGGUCACCUGGAAAGAUGCGUGGCGCGCAUCGUAAGCUCGGGUUCAAACGCAAGCAGAUGUUCUGGACUUCUGUACCAGUAGUGAGCUGUCGGUCGUCUUUUCUGAUUCCAAAGGCGCCUUGGCUGAUCAAGCCAGACAUCACAACUCUUGACCUGCCCCAGCCGUUCGAUAUUCCACGUUUGCCUCCCGCGGACAAUUCCAAUCCGCUGACCGAAGCUCUAGCAGAUGCUUUGUCGGAUGCGAGUGGUACGUGUUCUUGGUAUCCAGGAUGGCGGAAACAUAGCUCAACAAGCUCACAUUUCGGCAUGGUCGUAGGGCAAGAAACGCUGGCGCCUUUGCUGCGCUCUGAGCUGUUCGCAUCUUUCCUGGCACUGGAGGAAAGGGCAUCGAAGAGGAUGCUGGACGAAGAGAAACUGCGCUCGAGCAGUCCGCUGUCAUCCAUUACCUCCGAAAGCAACGCGCCGCUGCUCGCCGAGUGGCUGACCAAAUUGGUUCUCCAAGUCGACUCGCCUGCGCUCUCUGCCUCUGCUGUCGUGGGCUUGCGCAAGUUACUACUCGGUCUCAAGUUGGCCGAGACAGCUAUUCCUGCAGCGAGCGCAAUCCUGAAUGAUGCUCUCGUUGCAAUCUUGACCGUCCUGCCGGCUGCGCUGGCCGAUCUUGGGGCAUCACACCAGGUGCUGGCGGCGAUGUAUGACUGUGAUGUUUCAGACGUCGCCACAGAAGCACCAUUGUCUCAACAAGUGCCACAACAGCUUGCGGUCGGGCGAGCCCCGCACAGAAGAUCUAGCGCAUGGUCCACAGCUCGAGAGGACGCUUUGGAGCGUCUGCUCAAUGUGUUGGGCGUCAUUGCGGAGUAAGUGGAUCGAUAUAUGCGUCCGGCCAUGGAGGCGCCUCGUGACUCACUGAUUGGAUUUUGCAACCUACUCAACAGCCUGAUCGCUACACUGACGCUUGAUUCACAAGCCAUCUUAGCUUGUAACAACACAGCAGUGCUACUGCUAUUCCUCUUCCAUUUGGACGCUGCGAAUGGGCAUCCCUCGCGCACUUAUUGCACAACACAGCACGCUGAGCUCAUUGCCAAGUUUCAAGGCGUGCAAAAGCCUGCGCGCCCCGAGGCUUUGCUUGAUCACUCGUGGAAACGCUCAGCUCGUCUGCUUGCAGCGAUCGAUGCCAUCCAAUGCGACGAGGCGGCGACUGUGAGAAUCAUCUUAGCUAUGCCUUCAUUGGAUCUGCAAGGCGCCGUUGCGCGGAGUCGCACCGCGUACAUUCGGCUAUUGAGAUGCUCGCAAGCUGACAGUGUGAGCACAUCUUGUAUCGUGGAUCCAUCGCACCGCCGAUCGACUUAUUCUGACACUUUAAUUUGCAGAACCAGAUGAAGAAAGCCUUGCCUUUAGAAUCGCUGGCGAACCGCUUGAAUUCAAGUGAUGAUAAUCCUCUCCACGUCCGACGAAGGCCGACGAAUACGUCUCCUUGUCCGGACGACUUGGAUUACGAAGAGCUCGGAUGUCGAGUCAGGUUGCUCAGCAUCAUUCUCUCGGACCUGCCUCUGCAGCUUUGUGAUCAUGUCGAAAAUGGUACGGCAGACGAAGCCAGCUCUUUCUCCACUCUUACCAAUUCGACCAUUGACUCGAACGUGCGGGCCAAUGGCAGUGGAACAUCCUCACAGAGGUCCGUAGAGAGCCUGAUUGGUGCAACGCAAUUUCCUAUCUUUAGAGACGCCAACAAGUCCAAGAGACGUAUCUGGUCUGCUGCUAUGGACGAAGCAGUGGCCUUGGCUAACAAAGAGCUGCAAUCGAUCACGCGGGAUCGCGAGAUUGCGCGAAGCGAGCAAGUCAAUGUGCCAAUGUCCGCAUCUGCUCCUCCUCCAACGUCGACGUCGAACUCUGCAUCUUAUCAUACGGCAGCGAGCGGACACUCCAGCACGAUUCUCCCGGCCACUCUUCGCUUUGAGCCCUCUACGGCGCGCCACAAACAGCUCAGCAUGAUUGCGGAUCACAUCAAGGAUGCCGGCGGGCGCAUAUCGGACGGUCGGGGUGGACACCUUGCCAGGAGCAGGGUGAAAGAUGAUAUGCAGAGACUAUCGUUGUCGAUCAAGUACAGAUUGACUGCUCUUGCACCUGCUGCUGAGCAAAGUGUUGCAUACGACUAG